CAGAACCCAGGACCACCUGCCAGAGCCCUGGCAGCUGAAGGCUCCCCUGGAGGACAAGCAACUAGGCCCUGAGAAAGAACAAAAAGACGUCAUCACUCAGGGGCUAUACUAAUAACGUAAUUAUCACAAUAUCCUAAAAAUUGGAAUCAUCUGGAAGCUAAAGAAGCUCUGGCCUGGCCUUCAUGGCCCAAAACGAAAAGAAGAGCAAAAGGCUUGGUCAACUGGAUACUCCUUUACUGACACAGGUGCCCCGUGAUAAUUACUUGCACCUUCUGGAAAAGAAACAAACACUGCAGCUCAAGAAAUUCCUCAUCCAUAGGAUGUUUCUAGUGGCCAACAUACAAGCAGACAUGGAGAAAAAUAAAAUUGCUGAAUACUAUGACCAAGCAUUUCAGUCUAUUUUAAAAUAUCACCCAGGAGAAGCAUUGACAGGGCUACUGCUCAUUUACUCCACUUCCAUGCUGCAUAUCCUCGAAUCCUCCCAUGAAACUCUUCAGCAAGUCCUCUUAGAUUAUGUUCGCCAUGAAAGGAAUGAAACGGAAUUCUGGAUUCAAAAAAUGAAAAUUGUCGUCAUUUCUCAUAACAUCCCAACAAGGCUCUUCACACAAUGGCAUUUUUCAGUAGUAAGAAUGCCCAUCAUGUAUCUGGAUGACAUGACACAGUCUCAGUCUCUGGAGGAGAUCAUCACAGAUUUUUUUACCCGGACUCACCAACUGGCUCUGCGCCUUUAUAGGACCCUUAAAGUGGGUACUCAAGGAUUAGAUAAUGAUAACCUGCAAAACACUUCACCUGACCUGUUCCCCCCAGAACAAAUCAUAAAGUAUUUAUGUAAUUCUGAAGAACUCACAGAUCCAGCAACCUUCCUGAGCAUGUAUAAUAAACCCUUAGAUACCACCUUGGAUUCUGAGGUGGUGUGGCCUGUUCCUUCCAGAUUCUAGGACUGAGACAGCUACUCCAGUCAGUUCUCUUAAGGAAAUAAAACUAUUUCUAACAUUACUCUUUUUUUCUUUUAAUAAAAGGACACUAGAAAAUAUCUAAAGGUAAUACGUUCAUCUUUACAGAGUAUAUAUCUAUUUAUUGUUACU